UGCUCUUUUAAGUGGAUUUCUAAGUAGUGCCUGAUUAUCAGAAAAGUGGUCAUGGCUUCUAUACUUCCUCAGGCUUUCUCUUUCUCGCUUCUCUUUUCUCUUGUUUCUCUUCUGCCCCACCUAGACUUCUGCUCGUGCUCCAAUCGCAAACUUCUUAAUGCCUCUAACAGUAAUUCCAAUUGGUUACUGGGUGGAGCCACAUGGUAUGGAAGCCCUGAUGGUGCUGGAAGCGAUGGUGGAGCUUGUGGGUAUGGGAAUUCUGUGGAGCAAGCUCCCUUCUCCUCCAUGGUAUCAGCUGGAGGUCCUUCUCUAUUUAAGUCCGGCAAAGGCUGUGGUGCUUGUUAUCAGGUGAAAUGCACAGAUAAUGCAGCGUGCUCAGGGAAUCCGGUGACCGUAGUAAUUACAGACGAGUGCCCCGGGGGCCCGUGUCUCUCAGAGUCGGUUCAUUUUGAUAUGAGCGGAACUGCAUUUGGCGCAAUGGCGAUUUCUGGCCAAAGCAAUCAACUACGCAACGCUGGGCUUUUACAGAUACAGUAUCAAAGAGUUCAGUGUAACUAUCCAGGGGUAUCCGUGGCCUUCCAUGUCGACGCUGGUUCCAAUUCUUACUAUUUUGCUGUUGUAAUUGAGUUCGAGGAUGGAGAUGGCGAUCUGGGAGCGGUUGAUCUUCGAGAGGCGAUGGACUCGGAUACAUGGCUUCCCAUGCAGCAGUCGUGGGGUGCAGCUUGGAAGCUGAACUCUGGCUCUGAGUUGCGAGCUCCCUUCUCUCUCAAGCUUAAGGCGCUUGAAUCUGGCAAUACUCUGGUAGCGAGCGAUGUAAUUCCGGCCGGGUGGCAGCCCGGCGUUACGUACCGAUCUCUUGUCAAUUUCUGAAGACCAAAAUUCUAUUCAA